UCCGUUUGUGUUAAUAAUGAUAAAGGCUUUCCUUAUGACUGUCAUUGUCAUCGUUGCACAAAAACCCUAACGCGACCCUUCACAACAGCGGCAACUACCAGGAAGGAAAAUGGCAGAAAAUGACAAAAUUAGAAAUGAAGAAAUGUAUGUCGGAGAGAUCAAAGGAGGGCUUAAACCAUCCAUGAGACUGGUCGUUAUGGGUAUUGUCAAGCAGCAGCCCAGAAGCAUGGUGGUGUCCCUGGUCUGUCCCCCUCAGGAUGACACAGAGAGCGACGUAGGCCUGCAGUUGACAGUCAGUUUCCAAGACCGGGCUGUCCUGCGCAAUGCCCGACUAGCAGGGCAGUGGGGCAGCUCUGAGAAUGCCCUCUCAUACUUUCCAUUUGCUGCUGGGGAGCCAUUCAAGAUGGAGAUUGUUUGUGAGCACCAGCAGUUUCGGAUCUUGGUGGAUGGUCAACCCCUGUGUGGGUUUGCUCACCGGCUCACACAGCUUGCAUCCCUCACCGCCCUGCAUGUCUGUGGUGACCUUCAGCUUACCAAAGUGGCAUGAUGAGUGGAGUCACAAGGAAACUAAAAGGAAGAGAGAAAAGAAAGAGGGAGAAAGGACUCUAGCAAGAAAAGAAAGAGCAACAAAGAAUGGAUUGUUGAAAUGUAAGGGAAAAGUAAGUUUCUGGGAGAAUCCUGUCAGGAUCCUGGGUCUGAGAACGUGGACUAUCUUCUUCAGUGAAAUCAACUUCCUGCAAGUCACCUCCUGUGUGUGCACUUUGGUUGCUUUGGCUCAUUAUCUCACUUUGUGAAAUGUGCCUUCUUUAUUUACAUGUCUUAGACUGAGAAGUAUAACUUGCUCUUACUGAAUGUCAUGUGGAAUAGGAGACCCAGGGAUAAACAUACUUGGUACAUCAAUUGCCUGCACUAAAGGAAUUUUGACUGAUGCUUUGUACUACCUUUCUUAUAUAAGCACAACAUUUAUUAAUAAAUAGUUAUGGAUAUCAAAUAGUUCUGUGCAUAGACCACAUUUUAAUACAAGAAGGUGGAUCA